UGGGGGUAUCAAGGAGGUAAUCUGACAACACAUUGUUUUCUAAGGAAAUUGACGUCUCGAAAUGUCAAAUUACGUUUAUUUGGCAGUAAAUUCUGUGCUGCAGUGAAAUUAAAAUCCGUUAAUUCGCACAAAUUGAUGAAAUCGGGUUACGAAAACUCCACACCUAAAUUAACAUGAACAAUGAUAAGUUUUUGGAAGAAAUCAGUUUCCGGCCAAAAUCGCACGAAUGCGGGCCCUGUGAACGAAGUUAGUAGUCGGAGGGAACCCUUGAACGUAAAUCCAGCACAAGUUAAGGAUAUCAAAGGCCCGCUGGCAAAUUUUGAUGAUGAGGGCCUUUUUGACAUUGAUGAUUUUGAGUCGAAAAGGGAAAAAACCAGGCUCUCUAAAACACUCCAGGAAAUCCUAUCUGAUAAAGGUGCACUAAACUACUUUAUUCAAUACUUGGAAUCGAGAAAUGCCUCUCAGUACAUUAUGUGCUAUUUGGACAUUGAAACCUUCAAGUCGGACAUAAAAGCUCAACCGGACUUCUUGCACAGCAAAAUAGAACACGACAGUCUUUCAGUGUCGACGGAUUGUGACUCGUUGACUGCGGAUACGAGUAGCUUGAAUGAUUUUCCUUCGGAGAGGACUAGUCAUGACGUGAUUUGUGAUAAUAGUGAUAGUUUAAGGUUAAAAAGCGAGCUUGAAGAGUUUACGCACUCGGCACUGAAUUUAUUCAAGAAGUACGUUGCUCAAGAGGCGGUGUGUAAUAUAAGGAUAAGUGAGGAGAUUCGUAGGGAGGUUAUGGAGAGUAUUUGCGCGACUGAGAAGGUUUUGUCGGGGGAGUGCUUCGAAGGGGUGCAGCAGUUUGUUUACGGUGUUCUUGAAGUCGAGUAUUUCGGGGCCUUUUUGGGGACCGAUUAUUACUGCAAGCACCAGAUAGACGUUUUGACUGGUGGCGGUGUGGUUUUGGAGGAUAUUCUGUAUAAUGAAACGGCUCUGUUUUAUUUUAUGGAGUUUUUAGAGCAGGAGAAUACCCGCGCGCUUUUGGAGUUCUGGAUUGCCGCUAGUAAUUUUCAGCAGCAAUUGCACGAUCAAAAAGACUUUUUUGAUCCUAUUGAGGCUCAGAAUGACGCUGUUGUUUUGUACGAUAAAUAUUUUUCGUUGCAAGCUCACUGUCCGUUGGGGUUCUCUGAUAAGGUUAGGUUUGCCGUCGAACAAAAUAUUUGCGGGGAGGACGGGUUGAUUUUGGAUUGCUUUCAUUUACCCCUGAAAAUAAUCGAGAAAGUUUUGGAUGAACACCACUUGAAAUCUUUCCUGGCCUCGCAACUCUUCUACAAGUAUCUAUCGGAGCUAAUAAACACAGUUCAAUCGAACGGGUAUUCUACGAGCAUCGACUCGAAAUAUUCGCCUUCCGAUUGCAGCAGCGAAAAGUCGUUUUGCACGAACACCUUUCUGGCGCUCGAGAUGCAGCCCCACUGCGCGAGGAGGAAAGAAAAUCGCGAUAUGUCCAUCGACACUCGCGAGUUGUACGAUCCCGAUUCGCUGUGGAAGCGCAAAAAAACGCACAGGCUUUCUUUGGGCCAUAUGACCAAUUUGGGCAAGUACGAGACUGAGUUCGAACCGGAACCUGACCGGAAGGGAUUCAAGUUGAGUACGGUAGUGAAAAAAUUUGUAAGUCUUGAAGAGGAAACCAAGAAAAAGGAAGACAUGGCCUGGCAAGUCGCCGAAAUGAUCAUCAAGGAUAUUACCAACGUUACAUUAAACGAUAAAGUCUAAAAACGCUUCUCAGUACAAAUAGAGAAUUUAUUUUUGUAUUUGUUCAAAAAGAUUUCAUCCGUAAAAUUAAGGAAAACCCAGUAUUAUAUUAUUUUUUGUUUCAAUCGUUUAUUUUUUUGUUUUUCCCUAGUCAUAAAACAAGUGAAAAAAUAUGACUAAACUAAAGCUUAAUUUUCAUGUAUCCGUUUGUCCGUUAAGCUUAGUUUUCAUGUAUCCGUUUGUCCGUUAGUCCGAUCAUCCGGGAGCGCUCUUAUUGCUCCAAUUAUAUAUCAAAAUUAUGACAUUUUAUCGGUCCGUAUCGUACGUCUGACAAAGAAAGUUGAAAUAAUUUUAAGUUAUCCGUCACUACACAUCUGUUUUUGACGCCUAACGUUAUUUUAAGAUGAUUUAUUUUCAAAUCUUUUUAUACUUUUUCAAUAAGAUUGUAAAACGGAAAUAUUACGUUCGUUAUGUGAAUAAUGUUCUACUGUUAAUAAGAAUAACGGAAAAAAGAAAAGACAAAAAAAAAUAAUUAAAACUAGAACUAAAAGGACCUGCUUAGUAAAUUUAGUAAAGUGAAUAUACUGACACUUAAUUUCUAUUUGUCGCCAAAUCAAUCCGCUAAACAUCAUUAGAAAACGGAUGCAUGAAAAUUAGAACAUUUAUUAUCGGACGAUUUUAUUGAAAAACGGAUACAUGAAAAUUAAGCU